AUGGUGUAUGUUUCAAAAUCGUAUAAUAAGUAUGCCAUUGUUGUCAAGCAUUCUGAAUCUCUUGAAGAUUGUUAUGGACUGUUCUGGGCCGAGCCUGGUGAGAUAGAAGCUGAAUUUGCCCAGAUUGGUACUGAGACAGUUAUCAAGGAAUUCUUUACAUACAGGACACCUGGUCCUCUUUUUCUGCCUACAGGUAAAGGAUUUGGACAUCCCCCAGAUGCUGAAAUUGUCUUGCCCUCUUGGCUAUCAGAGGAUGAUGUUAAAUACUACGCCAGCAAAUUUGAGAAAGGCUUUACAGGAGGAGUGAACUAUUACCGUAAUAUGAACGUGAACUGGGAACUUACAGCACCUUGGACCGGGAGUCAAAUAAAGGUUCCUGUUAAGUUCAUCAUUGGUAACCUGGACCUGACAUAUUAUAUGCCAAGAGUCAAGGAUUACAUACACAAAGGUGGGUUCAAGCAGGACGUGCCAUUAUUGGAGGAAGUGAUUAUAAUGGAAGGUGUAGGUCACUUCAUCAGUGAAGAAAAGGCUGAUGAGAUCAAUGAGCACAUAUACAACUUUUUUCGGUUGUUCUGA